GUGAGCGCCUAAGCGGUUGGUGUAAGCUAACAUACUGGAAACAGAAAUUUGCAUAUUACGAAAUCGAAGUCAGGCAAUUUUGCAACUUGUGGAACAUUUGAAUUUGUCGAUCAUUAUUGUACACAGCGGUUGUACGUAAUUGUUUCAUUACAUUUUAUAUAUCCUUUUUGAUGGAUAGCUCGCCGCAGCUAAAAAUUCGCUGGAAUAAUUUUCCAGUGACAGUUUCUUCAUCUCUUGAAGCACUUCGAAACAAUGGUGAUCUAGUAGACACCAGUCUAUUUUGUGAGGGCCACAGGUUCUUGGCACACAGGGUUGUUUUGUCAGCCACAAGCAAUUAUUUCAGACAAAUUUUCAAGGAGAUAUCUUCACCCAAUGUGGCUAUUGUUUUAAGUGGUUUGAACUACCAAGAUAUUGAUGCAUUGCUAACAUUCAUAUAUUCUGGAGAAGUUUCUCUUUGUGAGCCUCAGCUAGCAUCUUUUCUCAAAACAGCAGAAACACUACAGGUUAAGGGAUUGGGGCCAGAAUGCACUUCAUCAUUUAGCAGAAAAACAGACAGCAAUAAAAAUGAAACUGCCAUGCAGGAAACUCAAUUUCUAGCAGCAGCUCUACAAAAACCUUUAGCCAGCAAAAGGGCAACUCCUCCCCCUCUCCUCUCAGUUUACCCCACUGCUUCCUCAGUCACGCCAGUUUCGACCACCGCUAGUGUUACCACAACCGCUUCCUUACCCAGCCUUGAUCUGAGCCUGGCUAUCUCAAACUUCGCCAACAGCGCUUCCAGUAGCAGCAGCAGCAACCCUUCCGAUGUUGGUCUGAAGAAACGGAAAAUGGCUGAACCUCCGGAUGGUUAUUUGAAAACGGAAAUGCCAGAAGAACGUCGAACUGAGCAUUUAGCAAUGACCGACAUGACUCCUCCGAAUUCCAUAACCAAUGAGGAACUUUCUGAAUCCACGCAAUCUCGCCAAGAACUUGUAGUACAAGAACGAAAUCCUCCAUCUCGAGCAGACCCGACACCUAGACCAUAUCAAUCUCAAUGUCGAGGUGAACGUCCGAGAAAUGCCCGCGUACCUUUCUGUCCGCAUUGUGGCGAAGAUUGUCACAACAUUUCGGUCCUCCGUUAUCACGUUAAAACAACACACUCUGAACCAAAUGGCUGCCUCUGUUGCUGUUUUUGCACGGCUAUUUUCAACCUCCACUCAUCGGCAGAGUAUAAACAACACACGUUGGAUACUCACGGAGUCAAGUACACUUGAUUUUGUGGUUACGACAUCCAAUGGAGGCUUCUUUCUCAGU